ACACUUCCGGUUGUGAUGGGAGCGGAAGAGAAAAUAACUCUCAGAAAUAAAGACAAUUUCGGUUGCUAUUAUUCAAGUAUCGGCUUUAUUUCUCUACUCACUUGCUGCGGUGAACAACUCCGAGCUUUGUGUGUCUUUUGGCAGGACAUAAUGUCAGCAUUUGACAUCACAAAGUUUGAUCCUCAGCCCAGCCAAGAGCUCAUUUGCAGUAUUUGCUACUGUGUGCUGACUAAUGCUCUGGAGAGCCGGUGUCGUCAUGUCUUCUGUAAACAGUGUAUUGAGACAUGGCUGCAGCAUCAUCACUCCUGCCCAACCUGUCGAGAUUACCUCCGCAGACACCACCUGAAGCCAGUCUUACCACUGGUACAGAACAUGCUGAAUGCCCUGACCGUGGUCUGUGACUUCCGAGAUAAGGGUUGCCAAGCUCCUGUCACCAUGGAGCAGUAUGAAAAUCACAUAAAAAAUUGUGAAUACCAGACAGUGAAAUGUCCUAAUGGCUGUGAGCAGCUCUUAUUGUUGAAAGACAAGCAAGACCAUGAGCAGAAUACUUGUGAAUUGCGCAUCGUGAAGUGUCAGCUGGGCUGUGAACUAAGCCUACCUUUCCGUCAGAACCUAUCGCACAGUUGUAUUACAGCUCUCAAGGAGCAUAUCAGAGAUAAAGAGAAGCAGCUGGAAGGGGUGGUGGCAUUUCUGCAGAGAAUGGUACAAGCUGUUCAUGACCUCGGCAAGACUCUGGACAUUGAAAGUUCAAGAAGCCAUCUCUUACACCGUUUUCAUGAUAUUACUAGUCAACUGGAACAGGAGCAGCACAUGAUCAACCAGCUGAAAAAACAUUUCAUGUGUUCUGUAUCAUCCGCGAGCCAUGCGAGUGAAGUUACCUCUGAUGUUUCUAUCAGAGCAUUGACUACAUCAUCUUCAUCAUUAUCCAGCUGCACAGCUGCCAAUGCCAGCAACAACAGUAGUUUGCCUCAGAUAAAUUUAGAUGAAGAGAUGGAACAACCACGAACAUCUCUGCUGGAAUCUUUGGUGCAGGAAGCCAUUGGCAGUGGAUCUAGAGACAGGAUGGGAAGCAUAGACCAAGUAGAUGGGUACAGAGAGGGAGACCAGAAUGAAGACAGAAUUCAGAACCGGUGGAGCAUGAACCAAUCACGGAGCAGGCAACACGUGAACAGUACUAACAGAAGCAACCAAGAGAUGGCAGACCCAAGACACCAGGAGACCCUGGAACAGGAAACCGUGGACGUGGGAGCUGCAGAAAACAGCAUCAGCAGUGAAGAUGAAGAAUAUCUCCCAAAUUAUAGAACAUCUGUCCGUCACCUUUCGCCAGAAGUUACAGAGAGUCAUGGCAGCUACAGCUCUGACACCAGUGAUGGCUUGUCUGAUAGCUUUGCCAGCAGUGAUGACUCCGAGUACACUCCCAUCAACUCGUCCCUUGAAACAGAUGAUGACAUCUCGGAUUCAUUUACUGUGACAUCAUAUUCUUUUGACAGUCCUUUGAGUGAAAUUACUGAUGAUUCCAAUUCAGGGAGUCAUGGUGAAGACCACAAUAGAGGCUCUGAGCACUUGGCCUCAGAAAAUGAAUCAUCUGUUGCUGAAAUAAGCAGGCCACCACAAGGAGCUGCUGUGUCAGAAAGCCACAUUUACAGUUAUGGCAGUCCACACUUAGAGGAAGAAGUAGUGGUCAGGGAUGAAGAGUAUCUUCAAGAUGAUAUAGAUCAAGAGAACGACAACCAUGGCAUCAGCAGUUCAGGGCAGGCUGUUUCUCACGUUCAUCCUCAAGAAGCGGGGGUUUGUCUGAGUACUUGUGCCAUGUUUAGACUUCGCAAUGUACUGUAUAAGCCUGACCAUGGAAAUUCCAUUGCUAGUUCUUCACUGUUUCAUGAUGGUCAAAGCCAUACAGUGGACAAACAGGAAGGACCCUGUUAUUCCCAAGAACUCUGCACUGGACAGUCUAAUGUAGACCUCAGUAUGGAUUCACAGAUGCAAAUUGAGAUCAAAGAACAUCAGACAGGAAGCAAAAAUAACUUAUCUCACCUGCAGGACACAAGUAACAUUCAUGACACCUAUCAGAUCAAUGUGGUCAUUAACUCAGAUUCUACCUCACUCAGCGCUGAAGAUGAACAUGAUGAUAAUAAAGAGAUGCCAAACUCGUUUGCACAAACCUCAGAUCAUUCAUCACAUGGUAGUGACACAAUAGAACAACCAGCAUGUUCUUCCUUAUAUGCUGGUGGCUGCUGUCAAAUCACUGGACAGUUUGAAAACAACAGUGCCUAUGCUGGCGUCAGAGUACAGGAUGCAGGGACAGGUAAUGAUGUUGGUGCUGCAGAAACAGAAGCUGUUACUGAAGAGCUUAGUACUAAUGUGCCUGAUGACAGAAGUAGCACCUGGCAUCGGUCCAGAUUUAGAGAUAUCUAUACAAGCUCAGAUACAGAAUCUGAUGACAGCAGGUGCCGCCGGAUGCCCAGAAAUAUCUUGUCUGUUGCCGGCGGCAACACCGAGAACGCUAACAGUCUAGCACCAAAGUGUCAGCAAAGCUUGUUAAGAAAAAAUAAUUUAACUGUGAUCACCCAGGAGGCUGGAUCUUCUGCAAAUGCCUCUCCAGAAAGACCCUGUAGCAAGCGGAAAAGUGCUUGCAUCUUACAAGAACCUGAAUCAAAGCAUCCACGAGUUGAAAGAAAGAUGUGUUCUGAUGGUGGAAGCACUGAGCGAAAUGGUGUAAGCCUUGUGACAGACACAAGAGCAGUACAUCGUAAACAUAGUCAUCGUCUUUCUUCCUCGACACGCUCUACUUCAACUGCAUGUGUAGUCAGUGGCUCCACCUUGCUGUCAAUUAAUUCGAGUGUGUCUGCAGCUUCAGCCUCAUUACCUAAUCCUCCACCAUGGGCGAGGCCAAACCACAUGACAGGCAUGGCUGCUGCAGCAAGCGGUCAGACCAGCUCUAACCUUACCCCAGUUCAUGGCAGCGUGGCUUCCAGGACAAGAUCUAACUGUCGUGGGCUGUCCAUGCAGGCAUCAGUCACUCAGCAGCCAAGGUAUUCACGACAGACCAUAGCAACCUCAGUUGGCAGUGCUUCAGCCAAUGGUCAUGGGCUUGUGCACAUACCAGACAUACCAGUGCCACCCAACACAUAUCAGUUGCUUACUGCUUACGCUGAAGAUGAUGAGACUGACAGCACUUGGACCCCAACAGGAAGUUCCCAGAGUGAAUCUGAUUGAAGAGAAAAGGGUGUUCUUAUGCCACACUUUUUUUUCAAAAUCUUACAAGUAUGGUGUAGCAACUUCUGUGGACAGCUGAAAAUUUACAGCUCCUCACCACUUUUUUUGAGUGGGUUUUUUUUUUUUUUCAAAUUUUUGGUACUUUAGCAGGUUUCUUCAGCAGGUAUGGCUAUUUUCCUUGCUGUAUAUAUAUAUUUUUUAUUAUUGCUUAUUGGUUUUGGUUCAGUAUGUCGUCUUGGGAUGUGUUUAGAUUUGCUACUUUGUCACACCCUUUAAUCAUAGUGUGGAAAAGAAACAUGCUGAAGAAUCAUGCAUCAGUUUUGAAAAAGAGUUGCAUGUGAAAACAUGAGUGUUAACUGCUGAAACUUGGUACUGAGCUUGACAGAUCUUCUGAUUAACCUAAAGCCUUUAGGAUGCAUAUUUGACUAGAUUCCAAAUUAAAACCUUCACCAAGAUUUUUUGUGGGGGAGAGGGGGUUGGAAAAUUGGACUAGAAAUAUUUUGAUUGGAAACCCUGAUGGGUAGGCUGCCAAAUUAGUUAACAGUACACACAUUACCAUGAAAAAUCUGAUUGUCAAAAUUGUACACCAGCCAGUCCAUGCAAUUUUGUACAUUUUGUAGCUCCAGCGUGCACUAAUCCGAUUUCAAACUGGCCAGAGUUACUGAUGCCUAUCAUUUACUCAUAAUCCAAAGAGGCGUCCUUAACCUUUUGCCUAUUCUGCUGUAAUGUUGGAACUCUGACAGUUGAAAGGAGGCCAGUUGUACAUCAUUAUUUGAAAGUGUCUUGCACACUGUCCCAACAAUAUUCGUUUUUUUGCCACUUUAAUGUUUUCAUGUCUAUAUCUCAAGUUUGCACACAUGCUAUUGUCAUACUCACAACCUUUCUCUCCUGUCUGAGCAGACAACAAUCUUUUAUGCAACUUGCUCGCACAACAUCAUUCUCACUUUUGCAUCAUGCAUUCCACUGGAAGCCAGUCAAAUUCCCGCUCUUCUCUUUUCUGUGCACUCUUUAUACAUAUAGUAGCUUCAGUGGGAAUGUGAAUCAGUAGUAUAGUCCAUAACACAUUUUCCUCAAUGUAUCUGCAGGGAUUAGAAUCAUUUAUAAAGACUGUCAGAAGCAGGAAUAUUUUAUCACAGAAUUUUUUUUCCAGAAUAAAAUGACUAGUACAAUU